AGCAAUAUAUAUACACCCCUCUUUAGACGGAACGAGCGAGAAGAUUUCCUCCCCCACCCACCCCCGAAUCCACCUUCCUCGCUCCACCCCUGGAUCUUUUGAUGGAGAGCGCAACCCCACCGCGAGCAGAGGAGCAGCGGGGCUCCCUGGAUCGGGCAGCCCGGCAGCAAAAUGAAUCCACCACCCACCAUGAACAGAACGGAGUAACAGAGUUGGAUGGGACCUUGGAGGUCUUCUAGUCCAACCCCCUGCCCAGGCAGGAGACCCUACACCACUUCAGACAAAUGGUUAUCUUCUUAAAAACUUCCAGUGUUGGAGCAUUCACAACUUCUGCAGCUGAUAGUUGAAAAGACAGCCGACCACCCUGCUCCCGAAUACUCCCUAGUAGAAGAUGCCGCCCUCCACUCCACGUGUUUGAUGGACAGGCUGAAUGAGCAACGCCUCUUCCAGCCUGACCUGUGUGACGUGGAUAUCGUCCUGGUGCAGCAGAAGUCCGUUUUCCCGGCCCACAAGGGAGUCCUGGCAGCCUACAGCCAGUUCUUCCACUCGCUCUUCACCCAGAACAAGCAACUCCAGAGGGUGGAACUAUCUCUGGAGGCCUUGACCUCCCUUGGCCUUCAACAGAUUUUGAACUUCAUCUACACCUCAAAGCUCUUGGUCAAUGCCGACAACAUUCAGGAUGUCCUGAAUGCGGCUUCCGUCUUGCAGAUGACCGACAUCGCUUCCUCCUGUCAGGAACUCCUCGCCACGCGAGCACUCAGCUUGGCCAUGACCAACAAUAUGGCAUUGACUUCGGACAACUGUAGCAAAGCCAACCCACCGCCUCAGUUCUUCUGUGACAUCAAGCAAGAGGUGGACCCUCCACGUCCUAAGAUCUUCGCCCGAGAAGGGAACAUCCCAUAUUCUGUGCGGGUGGAGGACGGCAACCAGAACCAGCCUACUGUGGCCAACAAGACGUUCUACAAGGAAGAUAACCAUGGCGGUCCACCUGUCUGCAAGAUGGAAGGGGACGCAUCUGAGGCUCCCCUGGGCAACCGAGGUUCCUACAGCCGUGGCGAGCAGAUCAUUGUGGAGGUCAACCUUAACAACCAGACCCUCAACGUCUCUAAAGGUGCAGAGGGACAGCCUUCCGUGACCAACCAAGUGGCUUCAGAAGCUGGACAGCCAGAAGGUGAACGAUGUUCCUCGGUGGUAGAUCGAGAACAAGAAAAUGGCAGUAAGCAAGAUGAAGUUGACGAUGCAGAUAUGGGUGAUGAAGAUGAGCGCUUGGAAGAGGAGGACCUGGAAGAGGAGGAUACCUCGGAAGAGGAAGAGGAAGAAGAAGAAGAAGAGGAUGAGGAUGAGGAAGAAGAGGACAGAGGAGACAAUGACAGUAAUGUGGCCGAGACCAGAGGGGAGAAGACCAGAGCAACUCAGAGGACUAGGCCACUUGCCAAGGCCACCAUCUCAUCCACGUCCCUCAAAAUGGGUGAAGUUGCCACCCUGAUGGAAGGAGAAGGAGAGGAGGAGGAGGAGGAGGAGGAAGAGGAGGGACAAGAUGAAGACGAAGUCGCUGAGGAGGACGACGGGGAUCAGAAAGCCAAGAAGCAGAAGAAGGAACAGGAUCCUCCUGGCCAGAAGGUCAAGCUGGAAGAGAAGCAACAUUAUCCGUGUAAGAAGUGUCCACGAGUGUUCAACAACCGCUGGUACCUGGAGAAGCACAUGAAUGUCACGCACACACGCAUGCAGAUUUGCGAGAAGUGUGGCAAGAGGUUCCUGCUGGAGAGCGAACUGGUCUUGCACCAUCAGACCGACUGUGAGAAGAACAUUCAGUGCAUUACUUGUGGGAAGGUUUUUAAGAAACUCUGGUCGCUCCAUGAGCACAACAAAAUUGUCCACAGUUACGCCGAGAAGAAAUUCUCCUGUGAGAUCUGUGAGAAGAGGUUUUACACAAUGGCACACGUGCGGAAGCACAUGGUUGCUCACACCAAGGAUAUGCCGUUCACCUGUGAGACCUGUGGGAAGUCCUUCAAGCGGAGCAUGUCUCUGAAAGUCCAUUCUCUCCAGCAUUCGGGCGAGAAGCCGUUCAAAUGUGAGAAUUGCAAUGAGCGAUUCCAGUACAAGUACCAGCUGCGUUCGCACAUGAGUAUCCACAUCGGGCACAAGCAGUUCAUGUGCCAGUGGUGCGGGAAGGACUUCAACAUGAAGCAGUAUUUUGACGAGCACAUGAAAACGCACACAGGUGAAAAACCAUACAUUUGUGAGAUCUGUGGGAAGAGCUUCACCAGUCGCCCCAACAUGAAACGCCACCGACGGACGCACACGGGGGAGAAGCCCUACCCAUGUGACAUCUGCGGUCAACGCUUCCGGUUCUCCAACAUGCUCAAGGCUCACAAGGAGAAAUGCUUCCGGGUCAGCAACCCAGCAGGCGCAGUUCCCAACCGAGAUACCAAGUCACUUGGUCUCCUUGUUUCUCCAAACGCCAACUCAACUCUUUUGACCACCGGCCUUCCUCUCCAUUCGUCCUCGCCUUCCCAGGCACUUCCUUUGCCUCUUGGACAUCCCCAUGCUCACCCCAUGCCUCCUCCUCCUCCUCCUCUCCUACACCCAACACCAGCUCUCUUCCCUGGUAGCAGGGUAAACAUGGACAACUAGACCUUGCUCAGCCUCCGGUGUUUCAAACUUGGCUCGUAAUUCUGAAGAUCUCUCCGAUGCCCUUGACUGUUGUGGGUUUGUGGUCAGCGGGCAUCAUGUUUGGGUUUUAGUUUGAGGGAGCUGAAGUUCUUGGUUCUUCAACAGGAGCAUCUAGAACCUUGAGAUCAUGGUUGCUACUCAAGCCACAGAGAUAACGUCGCUGUUCUGCUUGCUCAAGGAAAGAGGCAGACCAGUUUUGCUUGACCUGCUCUUCUUAGAUGUGUUGGACUUCAGCUCCUUCAUCUGUACGGAUGGCGUAGAAGAAACAAAGGUGUUAUUUAUUGACUCUGAAGAUCUUGAGAAGGUGAUAGAGCUUGCAAGGUAGAAAGACACAGGCAAGGACUUUCCAAACCUAUCUGGUCAGAUAUAGGUUUGGAGGUGUCGGAACCAGGUGGGUUUCUCUUGGAGGUUGAAAUGGAAGAUGCCUUCACUCAAGGCAAGAAGGUUGGAAGGGAGCACUCCAAUUUUUCAUGGUCCUCUGAAUGGGAAUGGAGGAAUAUGGAAAACUUGCUCCAUGGAGGUCUCAAAGGUGCUUUUUUCAGGAGGCGACUGGACCUUCCUUGUUUUUCCUUUGAAAACGUUUCACUUCUCAUCCAAGAAGCUUCUUCAGCUCUGACUGGAUAGUGGGGAAUGGAUUUAUAUUCCCUUUACUCCAAUGAACUGAAAGGAAACGGCAAGAUGUGGAUGGCAAAAUUUUUCUUGGUGGGAGAAAGUGGAUCCUUGAGUGUGUGACCUUGUAGCACUUUCUUCCAAGGUCAACUUCUCAUUCAUUCACUCUCCGUCAUUCUUGCCUGUCCUUUAGAACAACUGUCCAUUUCUCAACUUCUAUAACUUGAAGCUCAGGUGGCCUCCUCUGAAGAUGAUAACGCUGGAAAUGAAGCUCCCCUCACUAAUAGUCCCUUGAAAACAAUAGAACUGUAGGACCCGUUUCUUUGAUCACCAUCAAGGCUUAAAUCCAGCAUCUUUACAUAUUAUGGAAUCGUUAUGCAGGCUAGACACCAUAACUUAGUCUACAAUUCCUUGAUUUCUACCCUACACCUACUGUUGCUGAGGAGAAUGCACUUCCUGAGGAAAACUUCUUCUAAAACCAACAUUAUCUUCUCAGCAAGCUCCUUGGAGGAAAACGUUGAGCCUUUAAGGACGUUAUUAACAUGAAGUGUUGGUUCUUUUAACUUUUUUUGCACUUUAUUAUCUAAUCCUAAGAGCUCUUUCGCAAUAGGACCUUUGUGAGUUCUUCCAGAGAAGCAGAACUUGGGGGCGCCAUUGCCUGAGCAGUCUUUCAUUUCCAAGGCAAAGACCCCCUAAAGUCAAAAUGGGCCAUGUUUGAAAGAUGGACCCAUUCUGUUGUCGAAACGCACAUCGCAGGUAUUUCACAGGAGAAAGGUGUUCCUUGAGCCGACGUUUGCAUCUUUGGCAAAGCUUGGAGGAUCUUGUUUGACAAGAAGAUCCAGGUUUUUUUUAUUGUUGGUGUGUACGUCCAUAUGAGCAGGGCUGGCCCCUGGAACAACCACCACAAUGCACAAAUGGAUGAGGAAAAGGCUGUGGUGUCAGCAAAUGUGCAAUAACAAUGAACUGGUGGACAAAAGACACACAUUGAUUGUGGUUGAUUGUCACAUGUAGUCCUUCCUGAUCACACUCUUAAAAAGAGGAAGGAAGGAAGGAAGGAAGGAAGUCAAACUAAUUUUAUGAAUGCCUGCCAUUUGACCACCUAAUAAUAUUUUUAUGGCAUUUGGUAUCUACUGCCCAAUUAUCCAGAAAACGAAAAAAUAACCCUCACCAAUAACUCUUACUAUUGGAAACAAAAAAUACGUUAUAACAAAGCACUUUAUUCUGUAUAGAUCUAUGGAAGAGAAAGUCUGAGACCUUUUUUUUUUUAAUGCAUCUUAAGAAUUCCUGUUGGAAAAAAACAUUGCAGUGUUCCUUUUAAACGUCUUCUAUAAAAUCUCCAUAUAUAUAUAAAAUAUAUAUUUUCUAGCUGCUGGGGAAAGGUUUUUCCACAAUCCUGGUCAUCUUUCAAUGCUGAUGGGUGUCCAUUUUCAAACAAGUGGAGAACAUACAGGUAGCCCUCAAGUUAAAACCAUAAUGAAGCUGCCCCAAUGUAGGAUUUUUUUUUUGAGCUUUAUGUGCUGCUUUACAAAAUCGUUGUUAAAAACGUGGUCUUGUACCCACUGGACAUUGUCGGGUGCCCGAAAUUCAGUCACGUGACCUUAAGAGAGGUCUCAACUGUUGGCGCUUAGAAACUGGGUCUUCAUCCCCUUUUUUUCGGGGUCAUGAUUUCAGAUGGUCACUAAGUGAUUAGUCGUAACCCGAGGAAUACCUGUACUUUCGAGGGCUUUCAUUUCAGAAGCAAGCAGCAUCAGGAGAAAGGUUUAGGAAUAGAUUUAAAUCAGUAUGCUUAUAGUGGGAUCAUUAACCUCUGUUACUCAAGAAAUCCUUCUCUCUAAAUGUGCUAGAUUCACAUGUGAUCCUUCUCCGGGCACUAAAAUAUCCCUUCAGAGGCAAGGGGGAAUAUCUAAACAUAUUUCAGGCCACUUCCUCUUCCUGUUCUGUCCCCCACCCCUCGCCUCCGUCCGAGCGAUGGCUUAAUUAGCCGGCACUAUCAGCAAACUAGCGAGCGUCUGCCAAGUGACUUUGUUACCUCCCUUGAUACCGAUGAGUCACCCAGGAACAAACAGUACUUCAGCUCCAGUUAAGCAGUUGAUUUGCCUGCUACGAAGAGGCAUAGCAGCCCUUGCUGGUUUUAUAUCCUGUGGGGUGUGGCUCCAUGACUCAGCAUUUCCUAGGCCUGCCCCACCCCUGCUUCUGUUGUUCCCGCCUCUCCUGCCUAUGAAACCUAGGGUCCAGCCAGGCCUGAUUGCCAUCAGCUGGGUCUGGAGGUGUGGCCUGGGGGGGGGGAAGAAUCAGGGGACGGAGGCCUCGUUAUCUCCUCCACCUGGCCUGCCUCUGGCUCCUGGAGCUGAGCCAGGGAAGCCGGUGAUCCCGAGGUAAGUCCUGAUGGCCCUUCCCCCUCACUUUCCAAGUCACUUUCUGGCAGGGGGCCCGGCUCAGGGGGCGCAGACACAACAGUUCCCAUGGCCCAUGGUUCCCAAUGCCCUUCUCCGAAUGGAUGAAAUUAAGUGUUUGAAAUUCCUGCCAAGCUGCUAGUCCUCUUGGGGACUCUCGUGCUAGCUGAGUUUUGAUCUGCGUUACCACUCGGUAUGACUUGAGUUACCUGUUUGUGGCACAGUGUAUCCGUCUUUGCACGUGCCGAAGGGAGGUUUUUUUUGCACUAGUGAUGAUUUCACGAGAGUCAUACUCAACGUUCCCUUCCUGCCACCCUUAUUUCUGAUUGGGAAUGGGAUUAAGGACCCCAAGUCAUUGGAAAGCUAAUUGUUAGUAGCCCAAAGCUUACGCUUUUAAACCCACUUUUAAAUUUAGAAUAAGGUGAUAAUUCCUCGUUUUGGCAGAGACUGUAAUUGUGAGCACUUUGGGAAAAGGCAAGUAGUUCUCUACAAACGACCGUAAAUGGGGCCUUCCCAUUACAGUCAUUAUGUUGUGAUGGCUAUAAAUCGAAUCUUGCAUGGCCUUAUUUGCGGUGGCUGUUAAUGCAGCGGUUGUAAAACCAACGGUGUGGUCACGUGAUUGCAGGAUGCUAAUAAGUGCAGCCGUGUUGCCAAGAACUCAAGUCAUGGUCACAUGACUGUAGGGCGUGACUGUCGCAGCUUUGGAACUGGGUCAGAACUCCCUUUUUCCGGGCAUGUUGUAACUUCGAACAGUCAUUAAGUGACCAGUCCUCAGUUAAGUUGAGGACUGCCUGUACUGCAGUGUACCUUGGCAACAUUAAGACACGUGGACUUCAAACUCCCAGAGUUUGAAGUCAAACUAAAUUGUAGUAUAUGACAAGAAGUGAUACAUUUCCUGAGUUUAAUACCAAUAAGUUUUAUCUAUUAAAUUAACAGCUACGUUUUUUUUCUUUCCUUACUUUUUUUUUAAUUUUACUUGUGCUAUUCUACUUUUUUACUUCUUCAACUGAAAAUCUGAUUUUCCCUCCAACAAUAAACGACUUGUGUAUGUUGAUGUUGAACAGAACUACGAAGCCUGCUCCUCACCUUGAUAGGUAAGGCCCUCCUAUUCUAUUCCCAGAAUUCCCCAGUCAGCUAUUCUGGCUAGGGAAUUCUGGGAGUUAUAGUCCCAAGUACGCCGGCUGAGGAAUUCUGGGAGUUGGAAAUCCACACCUCUUAAAAUUAUUGUGUGAAACCCAAAUGAGUGCCCACCUCCAGAUAUGUUCACAUUACAGUAAGCAUUUUUUUUUAUUUUUUUUUUAGGAAUUCAGGAAUUCUCUCAGCAUGUCUAGAGGGUUAUCAGAUUGGGAAAAAUCUCUUUGGCCGGAACUAAACCUGAGACUGCUUUCAAUAAAAAAAAAAGUUUUCAUAUUUUAAUAAGGGUGUUAUUUUUUUUCCUUGCUUCUAUUAACUCGUUCCUGCCGGGUUUUUUAACGUCAGCCAAAAAUGUUGUCCGUCUUCUGUUCCACAGCUUUCCUGCGAAGGGUUAUCAUUAAAACGGUGAAGGGUUUUUGUUAAAAAUAAUAAUUACCUUUUCAUCCUAACAAUAAAGAGAGUCCUCAAUUUACAACUUAAAUAUUGUAGAGAAGUUUAAAGAUGAUUAAAGGCCUGGAGACUAAAACGUAUGAAGAACGGCUGCAGGAUUUGGGUAUGGCUAUUCUUAACGAAAAGAAGGACCAGGGGUGACAUGAUACCAGUAUUUCAAUAUUUGAGGGGCUGCCCCAAUGAAGAGGGGGUCAACUUACUUUCUAAAGCACCUGAAGGCAGGACAAGAAACCAAUGGAUGGUUUCUUCUCUCCUAAUCAAGGAGAGAAGAAACCUGGAAUUAAGGAGAAACUUCCUAACAGUGAGAACAAAUUAACCAGUGGAACUACUUGCCACCAGAAGUUGUGGGUGCUCCAUCACUGGAGGCUUUUAAGGAAGAGUCUGGACAGUCACUUGUCUAAAAUAGCAGAAGGUCUCCUGCUUGAGCAGGGGGCUGGACUAGAAGACCUUCAAGAUCCCUUCCAGCUUAUUCUAAUUGAUUGAUUGAACCUGGCUUCCCCAUGGACUUAAGUACAGCCAGUCCCCAACUUAGAACAGAUUGUUUAGUGACAGCGGCACAGAAAACCGUCACAUGACCAUUGCAGCAUCCCCGUGGUCACAUGAUCAAAAUCCAGACGCCAACCGGUUCAUCUUUACGACGGUUCACAGUGUCCCCGGGAGUCAUGUGAUCCCCUUUUGCGACCUGUCAAGGGAAGUCCGUGGGGAAGCCCGACUCGUUCAACAACCGUGUUACUGAGGUAAAAACGGUAGUGAUUCACUGAACAACUGCGGCAGGAAAAGUCACAAAAAUGGGACAAAAUUCACCUAACCGCUGUCUCACUUAGCAACAGAAAUUUUGGGGUCAUAACUUGAGGACUGACCAUUAGUGUAAGAUCAAAGUGACCUGGCCAUAGAAUCGACAUGAAUCGGACACGACUGAAGAGAUAAAACCCAUCUUCAUCAUCAUCAGAUUCGAGCUGACUCUGUUAAAAUCUGAUUGUGCAGAUUGUUUAAACCACACCCCAAAGUGGAAUGUGGACACAAACCAGGGGUGAAAUGCUCCCAUUUCGGACCAGUUCGGCCAAUCUGGUAGCAAUGGCGGCGGGUGGUUCGGAGAACCGGUAGCAGAAAUCCCCCCCCCUGCCUCUGCCCAGCUGAGCCACACGAUCAUCAAAGCCUUUUUUUUAACUUUUAAAAGCAUUUUUUAUAACCACCUAUUUGGCCGAAUAGGUAGUUAAAAAAAUGCUUUUAAAAGUAAAGAAAAAAAAAGGAUCGCGUGAAAUGGAAGAAAGGCAACCCCGAAUAUAUUUGAACAUAUUAGGAUAAAAAUUGAAAUAGCUAAAAGAAAAAAAAAAGAAUGAAAGCGAAUGAACACGAAUAAAAAUGGAGAAAUUAGAAUUUGAGGGCGAAGGAAGAUGUGAUUCAAUAAAAUGAGCAAGAAAAUAUUAGGAAAUGAAUAAAAACUAUGGAAAAAGAAUAUUUUGGCAAAAAACUGUUCAGUAAAAUAUAUUUGAAUAUAUUGAAUUGUGUAAGAUGUGAUAUGGCCAAAU